AUGAUUCCGUACUAUUCAUUUAGUAAUUUUCAUGCCGUUUGCUUAUUUCUUGUCAUAUCAAUUGUCUGGUGUUUUAAUGAGCAUUGUACUGACGAUAGUUCAUGUUCAACAUCAGGUUUAAAAUGUCGUUUAAAUCAUUGUUUAUGUCCAUCCGAUGCAUUCUGGGCUGGAUAUACAAAAAAUUGUAUUCCAUGUCCAACGGGAUGGAUCAAUCUUUAUAUUUUUUGUAUUUAUCAUAAAACUGCAAUAACACAUUGGUUAGAUGCUGUAAGUGAAUGUAGAGAAAUGAAUUCAACAAGUCAAUUACUUGAAAUUAAUAAUCUAAAUGAAUUUUAUUUCAUUCAAAAAUCUAUUAAAAACAUUUUACCAGACAAUCAAAUGAAAAUCGAAGUAAAUAAUAAUAAAAAAGAACUAUUUUCUAGUGCAACUGCAUUCAUUGGCAGUGUUGGAAGAGGAAGUUCGACUGACAAAUGGGCUUAUCAAUUUGGAAAUAAUUCUGGUAAUUCUUAUACAAGUACUAGUCCAAUGUGGUGUAAAGAAAAACAGUGGGGUUCAAUAAUAAUUCCGGCUGAGCCGUCAUUUGAGCACGAUGAUGGUUUAAACAUAACUUUUCAAGCAUUAAAACGAUGGAAUGAUUCAACUGAUGCAUGUCUUGUUUCUCUGCUGGAAACAAGUAAACAAUCAUUCCUUUGCGAAAUCGUUGGAGAUCCAGCAAGAUUUUAUGAUCAAACCAUUCUCUCGUUUCUUUUUGCUACUAUUAAACGUACACUAAUAACUACAACCAUAAAGAAAAAUCUUAUUACCGAUAAUCAAUCAUUCGUAACCUCUCAACAAUUAUCCACAUCAGCCUUGAAUAAUACUGCGCCGUCAAAAUUGAAUAUUACAACUGGUGCAACAGCUUUAAACCGUAAACAAUUAUUAUUUAUUAUUAUUGUUAUAGCUGGUAUUUUUAUGUUGAUAAUUGUUAUCAUAAUUGUCAGUAAUAUGAAAUUCAAGAAAAAAGAUUCAUCAAAAUCUCUAAAAUCUAAUAAAAGAAAAUCUGUAUCUCGUUCGAACAGUGACAAGAAAACUGGUGAAGACUUACAAUCAAAUAGUUCUUCGGUUGAUUCACCGCUGUCGAACGAAGCUACUACUAUUAAAAAGCCGAUGCAAUUACAACGGAUAUCCACUGACAAACAAUAUUCACCCUCGAAUAGUUCAAGAUCGAUCAACACAGAUAAAGUUGCUCUAUGGGAUGUCAUGGAAUCGUCUUUAGUGUCGUCUACAUCCCAUGAAGCUACCAAACAUUCAUCUCCAUACAAAAUUAUCCAACGCUAG